AUGUUGCAUUUGGGUGAUGCGUUGCAUAGAGCUGCAAGGAUUGAUGAUGUUCAUGCCACGAAGAGUUGCAUUGCGGAAGGAGUGAAUGUGAACGGGAAGGAUCAGAAUGGUUGUACUGCUCUGCAUAGAGCUGCAUUUAAAGGCAGACUUGAGAGUGUUAAGACCUUGGUUAGUAAUGGAGCUCAGAUUGAUCUUCUUGAUGAUGGUGGAUAUACACCACUUCAUCUUGAGGUGGAGGGAGGACGUAUGCAGAUUGCAAUUUAUCUGAUAGCUCAUGGGGCUAAAGCAAAUGUUGUGAAGAAUAAUAGUAGUCUCAAAGACUUUGAGAUGGUUCCUUUCAAUUUAAAUUGUUUCAAGAACCAUCCUUCUCUUAGAAGGGUUGUGUUUCCUCUCACCAGAUUGUACAUGGGAGUCCAUGGGGGUUGCUUCACUGAUGUUCUUCUAUCUUCUUGCUACGUUCGCAAGCCAGCGAAAGACUUCCGCCAAUCUUACGUUCCCAUUGCCAAGGAAACUACUCCUGAACAGGCCUCAUCUGACGUUCCUCCAGCCGAGAAAAGUCUUGAUGAAACCCUUGCGCAGAUUGACGCCAAAAUCGAGGCGAAAAAGACUGCCGAAGUAGCUCUUCAGGAAUCAGCCGAGGUAGUUCUCCAAGAAUCGGCCGAGGUCCAGUCUCAAAUUGCGCCUGAUGUUGAAGAAUCAUAA